AUGGUGUUCAAUGGUGAAGACAGUGGUGCUAAACUGUUUCAAGCUCAAUCCCACGUGUUCAAUCACAUUUAUAGUUUCAUAAACUCUAUGUCCCUUAAAUGUGCAGUUGAAUUAUGCAUACCAGAUAUCAUACAUGAUUAUGCUCAACCCAUGCCACUUUCACAACUCAUUGCUUCUCUUCCGAUCCACCCCUCCAAAACCAGUGGCAUCUAUCGCUUGAUGCAAAAUUUGACCAAUUUGGGAUUCUUUACUCAGCUAAAUGUAUCUGAAAACCAGCAUGAAGUGAGCUAUGAGCUUACUGAUGCAUCUAGAUUACUUCUUAAGGAUCACCCCUUUAAUAUGACAUCUUUCUUGAAUAUCACACUUGACCCAAUUUUGGCUAAGCCAUGGUAUCAACUUUCAACAUGGUUCAAAAAUGAUGAUCCUACACCUUUUUACACAAAACAUGGGAUGUCAUUAUGGGAAUAUGCUGCCUAUAACCCCAAAAUCAAUCACUUAUUCAAUGAUGCCAUGGCUAGUAGUGAUAUGCAAUUGGUUUCCUCUGUGGUGAUGGAGAAAUGUAAUGGGGUGUUCCAUGGAUUGGAGACACUGGUUGAUGUUGGGGGAGGCACAGGGAAUUUUGUUAAGGCCAUUGCCAAAUCAUUCCCACAACUUGAAUGCAUUGUAUUUGAUCUCCCACAUGUUGUUGCUGGCUUGCAAGGUAGUGAAAACAUUAAAUAUGUUGGAGGGAACAUGUUUGAGGCAACUCCUCCUGCCAAUGCAAUUUUGUUGAAGUGGAUAUUGCAUGAUUGGAACGAUGAAAAAUGCUUGAAAAUACUGAAGAAUUGCAAGGAGGCACUCUCAAGAGAAGGAAAAUUGAUAAUCAUAGACGUGGUCAUCGAGAAUGAGAAGGGAGAUAGUAAUUUUUUUGAAACAAAGCUCUUCUAUAAUUUGGAUAUGAUGACAUUGUUUGAUGGGAAAGAGAGAAAUGAGAAAGAUUUGGCCGAACUGUUUUUCUCAGUAGGCUUCAGUAACUUCAAGAUAACCCCAGUUCUAGGCUUCAGAUCUCUCAUUGAGGUGUAUCCCUAGUAUUCCCUGUUCACAAGAGAUAAGAAGAGCCACAAUAUAUAUGUGUCACUCUGUUCUUAUUGAUGUUCUUGUCCAAGUUUGUCCUUGUUUUUCUAUCUAUAUUUUGCACUAUGUUUUGAAAGGAAACAAGCAAUUUAAACUUAAAUGAUGUUAAAGCAUGCGAUCAUGCUAGUAGGAUUUGUGAUUGAGGUUUUUGUGGGGUUUCUUAUUUAGUGGUGGUUCAGUUUUUACUUUUUAUCAGCUUAAUUAUUUUGUGGCUUAGUCAUUGUACUCAUGCUGAGAAGUGUUGUUUAUCACCUUUCUAUAUAUUUCAAUAAAUUUUGUUGCCCAAAAUUAAAAAAAUUAAAAACUUACUGGUAAACCUUAAUACGAAAUUUCAAAAUUAGCCAAGUGUUGAAAGAAGCUUAGCAUAGAU